UUUUGUUUGCGAACAAGGGCCCAUGAAAGGUACAAACAUAUAAGAUGUCCUGGAAGUGCUGGAUUCAGUGCCAAAAUGGUUACCUGCAAAGCAGCGCUUGUACUUUUCACUGUUCUCCAUUCAGUGACGGCCAGCACUUUGGAUGACUAUAUAAAAACUGAAGGGGUCUGGAUAUUUGCUGUCCAGAAAAACUAUUACACAGCAAAAACAAAUCUAGAAUGUGCAGAAAAAUGCAAUACUGAAACAAAGUUUACUUGCAGGUCUUUCAGAUACACUAACAAAGAUCAGGAAUGUAUAACACACAUAGACAACAGAAAAACAGCACAGCUAUUGCAAAGGAGGGACACAACUUUCUAUGAGAAGAAAGUUUACCUGAUAGAGUGCAUGGAAGACAAUGGAGUGAAUUAUAGAGGAUCCUUAUCCAAAACCGCUUCAGGAAAAACCUGCCAACAGUGGGCAUCCAGCACCCCACAUAAACCAAAUGUCACACCAACAACACAUCCACAUGCAGAUUUGGAGUCAAACUUCUGCAGAAAUCCAGACAAGGACCAAAAAGGACCAUGGUGCUACACCACCGAUCCAGAGUUGAGAUGGGAACACUGCCAGAUACAAGAUUGCAAUGAGGAAUGCAUCCACUGCAGUGGAGAGGAUUACCGGGGGAAAGCUGCAAAAACAGAAAGCGGCUAUGUUUGCCAGCGCUGGGAUUCUCACACUCCACACAGCCAUGGAUAUCUACCAGAUCUAUUCACAGAUAAAUCCUUAGAGGAGAAUUACUGUCGGAACCCUGACGGAAAGCCUCGGCCCUGGUGCUUCACAACCAACCCUUUAAAACGUUGGGAGUCCUGUUCCAUCCCCCGCUGUGUUACUGAGCCUCUUACCAUCACCCCGGAUGUGACUUGUGUAACUGGAGAUGGCAGUUCUUAUCGAGGAACCAUAUCUGUGACAGAGAGUGGAAAAACAUGUCAGGCCUGGGAUGCUCACAUUCCACAAAAACAUUUAAGAACUUCAGAGAACUAUCCCUGCAAAGGACUUGAAAAAAACUAUUGCCGAAACCCUGACAAUGAGAGAAUGCCUUGGUGUUACACUACUGACCCGGCAACUCGAUGGGAAUACUGCAAAGUGCCAAGGUGUGAUGCUCAGCCUGAGACAGGGGAAGAACCAGUUGUUCCCCCUGUUUUGGACUGCUACGUCGAUAAUGGGAAGACAUAUCGUGGCAUAACAUCGGAGACCACCAGUGGGAAGAAGUGUCAGUCCUGGAGCAGCAUGAAACCCCACAGUCAUAAUAAGACCCCACAAAGCUUCCCAGAUGCAGGACUUGAAAAAAACUAUUGCCGAAACCCUGACAAUGAGAGAAUGCCUUGGUGUUACACUACUGACCCGGCAACUCGAUGGGAAUACUGCAAAGUGCCAAGGUGUGAUACUCAGCCUGAGACAGUAUGGGAAGAACCAGUUGUUCCUCCUGUUUUGGACUGCUACGUCGAUAAUGGGAAGACAUAUCGUGGCAUAACAUCGGAGACCACCAGUGGGAAGAAGUGUCAGUCCUGGAGCAGCAUGAAACCCCACAGUCAUAAUAAGACCCCACAAAGCUUCCCAGAUGCAGGACUUGAAAAAAACUAUUGCCGAAACCCUGACAAUGAGAGAAUGCCUUGGUGUUACACUACUGACCCGGCAACUCGAUGGGAAUACUGCAAAGUGCCAAGGUGUGAUGCUCAGCCUGAGACAGUAUGGGAAGAACCAGUUGUUCCUCCUGUUUUGGACUGCUACGUCGAUAAUGGGAAGACAUAUCGUGGCAUAACAUCGGAGACCACCAGUGGGAAGAAGUGUCAGUCCUGGAGCAGCAUGAAACCCCACAGUCAUAAUAAGACCCCACAAAGCUUCCCAGAUGCGGAUCUGAGGAGAAACUACUGCAGGAACCCUGAUGAUGACAGGGCACCCUGGUGCUAUACCACCGAACCCAGUGUGGAACGGGAAUACUGCAACAUUACCAAGUGCCCAAGUGUGCCAUCUCAUGCCACCACCAUCAAAGUCAAGCUUUCUGUUGAGCCUUCAAAACCAGAAGAACCUCCACAAAAGCCUUAUGCUAAAGGGGAAGAACCAGUUGUUCCUCCUGUUUUGGACUGCUACGUCGAUAAUGGGAAGACAUAUCGUGGCAUAACAUCAGAGACCACCAGUGGGAAGAAGUGUCAGUCCUGGAGCAGCAUGAAACCCCACAGUCAUAAUAAGACCCCACAAAGCUUCCCAGAUGCGGAUCUGAGGAGAAACUACUGCAGGAACCCUGAUGAUGACAGGGCACCCUGGUGCUAUACCACCGAACCCAGUGUGGAACGGGAAUACUGCAACAUUACCAAGUGCCCAAGUGUGCCAUCUCAUGCCACCACCAUCAAAGUCAAGCUUUCUGUUGAGCCUUCAAAACCAGAAGAACCUCCACAAAAGCCUUAUGCUAAAGGGGAAGAACCAGUUGUUCCUCCUGUUUUGGACUGCUACGUCGAUAAUGGGAAGACAUAUCGUGGCAUAACAUCAGAGACCACCAGUGGGAAGAAGUGUCAGUCCUGGAGCAGCAUGAAACCCCACAGUCAUAAUAAGACCCCACAAAGCUUCCCAGAUGCGGAUCUGAGGAGAAACUACUGCAGGAACCCUGAUGAUGACAGGGCACCCUGGUGCUAUACCACCGAACCCAGUGUGGAACGGGAAUACUGCAACAUUACCAAGUGCCCAAGUGUGCCAUCUCAUGCCACCACCAUCAAAGUCAAGCUUUCUGUUGAGCCUUCAAAACCAGAAGAACCUCCACAAAAGCCUUAUGCUAAAGAAUGCAUAGUUGGCAAUGGAAAAGAUUACAGAGGGACAAUGUCAACUACUGUGCUUGGGGUAACGUGCCAGGAAUGGGCCUCCAAUAUACCACACCAUCACGAGACCUUCACUCCUCAGACCCACCCUGAUAAGGGACUUGACUCAAAUUAUUGCAGGAAUCCAGAUGGUGAUGUAAAUGGACCAUGGUGCUACACUAUGGACCCAGACAAAAAAUCAGACACUUGUCAAAUCCCCAAGUGUGAAGCCAUGGAAUGUGGAUACUCUGCUGUGGAACCCAAAAGAUGCUUUGGUAGAAUUGUUGGGGGCUGUGUUUCCAAGCCAUACUCAUGGCCCUGGCAGAUUAGCCUUCGCACAAGGUUCAAUAUACAUUUCUGUGGAGGUACUCUGAUACAUCCACAGUGGGUUCUAACUGCUACUCACUGCCUGGAAAGAUCGUCAAGGCCUUCGCAAUACAAAGUUUUCCUUGGAAUCUUUACUGAAAAAGCAGAUGAGCCGUCUAAACAAGUGAAAGAUGUUGAAAGACUGGUUUUGGGGCCUAAGGGAACAGACAUUGCAUUAAUUAAGUUAACAAGUCCUGCAUUACUUAACGAUAAGGUGCAGCCAGCCUGCCUGCCAGAGAAAGAUUACAUUGUGCCGAGUGGAACAGAAUGCUACGUGACUGGUUGGGGUGUUACAAACGGUACCGGAGGAGAUGGUGUCCUUAAGGAAACCAGUUUUCCAGUCCUGGACACCAAAAUGUGCAAUCGUCCGGAAUAUCUCGGUGACAGGGUGAAGGUGCACGAAAUGUGUGCUGGAAACCUUGAAGGAGGCACAGACAGCUGUCAGAAUGAUAGCGGUGGUCCCCUGGUUUGUUACCAGGAUAGAAGUUUUGUUCUUCAAGGAGUGACUUCGUGGGGGCUCGGCUGUGCCAAUGCCAUGAAACCUGGAGUCUAUGUUAGAGUGUCCUACUUUGUUGACUGGAUUGAAAAAACCAUAAAAAGCUAAUUUGUACUCUGGGAGAUUCUGCACCUACAAUAACCUUUUACAUUUUUCUUUAUAAUUAAUAAUUUCCAUAAUGUUUUGUGAAUACAGCACAUUGAAACAGUUACAAACAAAAGAAUAAAUAAAAUAAAUUAUCUUUA